GGUCAGCCCUCUGUGUAAGGUCUUAAAUGAUUGAACCAUGCAGAUUAGAAAAUCUGAUUUUCUGUUUUGAAGAUUUAUCAGUGAUUGUCAAAUUAGAGUAUACCAGUCCCUGUGUGUCUACACACAGUCAGCUCUCUAUCAACAUCAGCUUGUAUCACCGAGAAGAUAAUUUUGAAGACAUACUUUGCUGAGAAGACAACUGUGAAGAGUUGUCCGAAUGGGAUGAACACGCAUCAGUUGACUGUCUAUCCGCUGAAGUCUGAAUGCUAACGUUGCUCAUCGGGUACUGUUACCUAGUGAUGCACCUACUCUUACAGUACCCCAUUUCAUUGUGCUCGUCUUGAUUAAAGAAUUCAAAGUGGAGUACCGCAAACUUGAUAUGGAUAGUAAAAAGAAAGACAAGGACAAAUCAGAUGAUAGAAUGGCACGACCCAGUGGUCGAUCAGGGCACAGCACUCGAGGAACUGGGUCUUCGUCAUCUGGAGUUUUAAUGGUUGGACCUAACUUUAGAGUUGGGAAAAAAAUUGGAUGUGGCAAUUUUGGAGAAUUACGAUUAGGUAAAAAUUUAUACACAAAUGAAUAUGUGGCGAUUAAACUGGAGCCCAUGAAAUCCAGAGCACCACAGCUGCAUUUGGAAUACAGAUUCUAUAAGCAGUUAGGAUCUGGAGAUGGUAUACCUCAAGUUUACUAUUUUGGCCCUUGUGGUAAAUACAACGCUAUGGUGCUGGAACUGCUGGGACCUAGUUUGGAAGAUUUGUUUGACCUAUGUGAUAGAACAUUUUCUCUUAAAACAGUUCUUAUGAUAGCUAUACAACUGAUUUCUCGCAUGGAGUAUGUCCACUCAAAGAACUUGAUAUACAGAGACGUGAAACCCGAGAACUUCUUAAUAGGAAGACCAGGAAACAAAACCCAGCAAGUCAUUCAUAUCAUAGAUUUUGGUUUGGCAAAGGAAUAUAUUGAUCCAGAGACAAAGAAACAUAUACCAUACAGAGAACACAAAAGCCUUACAGGAACAGCUAGGUACAUGAGCAUAAACACACAUCUAGGAAAAGAGCAGAGUAGAAGAGAUGAUUUAGAAGCUUUAGGCCAUAUGUUCAUGUACUUCCUGAGAGGCAGUCUUCCUUGGCAAGGCUUAAAGGCUGACACAUUAAAAGAGAGGUAUCAGAAAAUUGGAGACACGAAACGAGCCACACCAAUAGAAGUGUUGUGUGAAAACUUUCCAGAAGAAAUGGCAACAUAUCUUCGAUAUGUACGAAGGCUAGAUUUUUUUGAAAAACCAGACUAUGAUUACCUAAGAAAGCUUUUUACCGACUUGUUUGAUCGCAAAGGAUAUUUGUUUGAUUAUGAAUACGACUGGAUUGGUAAACAGUUGCCUACUCCGGUGGGUGCAGUUCAGCAAGACCCUGCUCUGUCAUCGAGCAGAGAAGCACACCAGCACAGGGAUAAGAUGCAGCAGUCUAAAAACCAGUCGACAGACCACAGGGCAGCUUGGGACUCCCAGCAGGCAAAUCCCCACCAUUUGAGAGCUCACCUUGCAGCAGACAGACAUGGUGGCUCGGUACAGGUUGUAAGUUCUACAAAUGGAGAGUUAAACACGGAUGACCCCACGGCAGGACGAUCAAACGCGCCCAUCACAGCCCCUACAGAAGUAGAAGUGAUGGAUGAAACCAACUGCCAGAAAGUAUUGAAUAUGUGGUGCUGCUGUUUUUUCAAACGAAGGAAAAGGAAAACCAUACAACGUCACAAAUGACUGGAUACAGACAGAUCCUGGGGAGUUACUUACAUGUUCAUAUGCUGUCUCGUGAUUAAAAUCAUCUCUGUAGUGACCACAUAUAUUUUCAAGGACUCACUCUUGAAACAAAAAUGUCAUACUUUCAUAUUUCGUUUUGUGGUUUGUCUUACAUUCAUUUCCGCUCCUAAUUUAACUUUAUGGAAGCUUUAAAAUUUUGUCAAAAUGUGAGUGCUUUGCCCAUCAUUGAAUGGAAUGGACCAAUGAAGUGGUAUUGAUGAACACAGUUCCAGAGGACAUUUUCCAGAAGCUCUUCUGUUAUAGAAAACGAUACAGGUGUCCAAGUGUCAAUUAAUUGCAUCUAAUUUGAUUUUUUUAUGUCUUCUAUAAAAGCAUAAUCAAACAAGAAUUUUCUUCCCAAUGGAUAGUGCAGCAGAGAAAACAGUUGCCCAAAUAUUAAAAACAACUUUCUUGAAAAGUUCCUAUUUUGUGACAUCUGCAUUGAUUUCAGUAUGACUUAUGGUACUGUUAUUCAUGAAUCAUAUUGGCAUUCUAUCUGUGAAAUCAAGGUACAGUCACUGCCCAAAGGUACUGAGGGAAAAGCACUAUGGGAUUGGCAAGCGGUGGUGGUGAAUAAAUCAGAAGAAAUGUGGGAAAUAGGAACGUGGCUUCUGCUGUGCCACUGUGUGCAAUGUGACUGCAGAAGUGGCCGAAGCUCUAAUAAUAUUUGUGUGAUGUGACUCCAUGCUUCCAGAGGAUAACGUAUGCUAGAUAGCGAAAAAAUGAGUACUGGAGAAGGAAUCUAUGUCGAAAUUCAAAAAAAUACACUAAGGAAAGGAAAUAAAUGUGAAACUUGUUGCGGCGUGUAAGGCUAGAGCCCCUUGAAGCCUGCUGCUGGAUGGCCACAUCUCCCGGAAGCAGAAAUCGGAGGACGUGCCAUACAGUGGUGGCUGUUUGUUAGGUUUGUUAGGUAGUUCUUGGAGUAAAGAAAAGAAACACCCUCCCAGCAAUAAACACUGGGUCACUCUGUUGCCCUCUGUGCACAUUAGUCUCUUGUAUUCACUUUGCUAGUUCUCUGAAAUUUCCUGUCUUGAGCAUAAUGUUGAUGAUGGGAGAAUGUUUGGAGAGGGUGGGCCAGGUGCUUUGCCUCCAGAGCUUUCACAGUGCCUGCAUAUGAACAGUGAACAGUUCUGUUAUUAGCUAAGUCCAUUCCACUUUGUAGUGUGCUUUGUUUUAAGCCAUAAGGACACAGGCAUACUUUUGUCACAUUCUCUUAGCCAGAUUUUUAAGAGUUAAAACAAAAGACUGGCUAGAAAGAUACUGUUGAUCAUAUCACACAUUCAUUUAUAAAAUUGUUACUCUUUCCAUGCAUUCUCUUCUCUGUCAUAAGUGUGAACCUUCAGGUAUGCUUAUUUAUUUUUUUUUGUCUCAAGGUAACAUUUAAAAAUAUGUAUUAAAGGAAAUGAAUCCACUUUUUUUUUACUUCAUUAUUGAAUUUACAGGUAUUUAAUUGUAUUUUGUAAUUUAUUUUUCUUAUAGCCAAAAGUUCAAUGUGUUGCUUUUGAUAAAUUGGGCACCCAUAUGAACAUCAUGAAUCAGGACAUUGUUUAUCAUUGUUUCUUUUAAUCCUAUGAGCAAUCUUUUUUUCUUGAAUUUUGAAGACCUAUACUCAACCUAGAAAACACUUGCUGUAUAAUUUGGUCAGCAGUUUCCACUCUAUUUGUAUAUUGUCAUGAGGUCUAAACUGCAGGAGUUAAAUACUGAAUUUUUGGUUUUGUUUGCUUUGAGCAAGGUAGAUGGAUGUUUUGGCCAUUUAUAAUGUGAAACCACUUCUUUACAGUAUUUGACCAAAUUUGUGUGUCUAUGAUAUUUGUAAAUACAUGCGAUAUCUGUAUUUCUUAUCAUAAGCCUAUUUAGUUUUAUUCUCAGUAGGAUUUUUUGGAUUGUACAGUGUUUAUAUGAUCUGAACUCCUUAUACAUAAGAAGGUGUGUAUAUUAAUCCAAUUAUGGACUUAAAUAUUUUAAAAGUAUGAAUACCCUUAUUUGCUGCAAAGGCCAGUGUGUAGACAUUUGCUUUUUAGCAAUAUUUUUAAGUGCUCCAUUUUAGUGUCAGAGGAUAAGUCUUUGGCACACAGACUGGUCAGUAAUAGGUAAUGCAGGUAUGUUCAGGUUAAGCCAACAAUGUUUUGCAUUUUUAUGCUUCUUUUCUGUCAACACUAAUGAGGUCAACAUUGCCUGAAUGUCUGAAUACUGAAACACAGCCCUGUUUAAAAGUAUGUAACUGAAAAAGAAAUAAAUAAAGGUAGUUUUUUUAAACUCUC